CUUCCAAACGUCGCAGCGGUUCCUAUGGCAACCACAAACCGGAAGUGUGGCUUGUAGCCGGAAGCGGAAGUCUCGAUCGAGGAGCUGAGCACGGUCGGUGAGUUGUUGGUGCUGGUGUGGCUUGGGCGCACGUGGAGCUGCGAGUGUGAGUGGGUGCUGAGCGCAGCGUCCGCGGCGAGGGUCUCCCCUGCCAGUCCCGCGGGCCUCGGGCUACCCUGCGCUUCCAGGUAGGCGCGGGUCGGGCGUGCGACGAGAUGGACACUCCCCCGCUGUCGGGCUCCGACUCGGAUUCUGAUGAUUCUCUUGUCACGGACAGAGAGUUGCAGGAUGCGUUUUCCCGCGGACUCCUGAAGCCAGGCCUCAAUGUCGUGCUAGAGGGGCCAAAGAGGACUGUGAAUGACGUGAAUGGCCUGAAACAGUGUUUGGCUGAAUUCAAGCGGGACCUGGAGUGGGUUGAAAGGCUCGAUGUGACCCUGGGUCCGGUGCCAGAAAUUAGUGACCCUCAGCCUACACCUCAGAACAAAGACCAGAAAGCUGUUAAUCCAGAAGAUGAUUUCCAGCGGGAAAUGAGUUUCUACCGCCAGGCCCAGGCUGCUGUGCUUGCAGUAUUACCCCGCCUCCAUCAGCUCAAAGUCCCUACCAAGAGGCCAACCGAUUAUUUUGCAGAAAUGGCUAAGUCCGAUCAACAGAUGCAAAAGAUUCGACAGAAGCUGCAGACUAAACAGGCCGCCAUGGAGAAGUCUGAAAAAGCUAAACAACUGCGAGCACUUAGGAAAUAUGGAAAGAAGGUGCAAACGGAAGUUCUUCAGAAGAGGCAGCAGGAGAAAAAGCAUAUGAUGAAUGCCAUUAAGAAAUAUCAGAAAGGCUUCUCUGAUAAACUGGAUUUCCUUGAGGGUGAUCAGAAAUCCGUCCCACAGGGCACAAAGGCAGCAGCUAAAGCCCAGCAGAUGAAGAAAGGGCCCAGUGCCAAGCGACGAUACAAAAACCAGAAAUUUGGUUUUGGUGGAAAGAAGAAAGGCUCCAAGUGGAACACUCGUGAGAGCCAUGAUGAUGUAUCCAGCUUCCGGGCCAAGACAGCCCAUGCCAAGGGCCCCAAGAGGCCUGGAAAGAAAGGAGCAAAUAAGAGACCUGGAAAACGAACGAGAGAGAAGAUGAAGAGCAGAACCCGCUGAACAGCCUCUUUUUAUACAAAGAACAAAGCAAAAGGCAUGAAGCCUUGGAAUUUCAAAGUACAUUGGUUUCUUUUUGUUUAAAAAAAAAAAAAAAUCAAUGAAAUGUAUACUCUUGGACUGAAAGAUUUGGAAGUGACUUUGCAUAUUAAAUAAUAUUCCUAUUUAUUAAUAAUUUA